AUGUCAACCAAGGCCAUGAAGAUGUUCUGUCUGCUCCUGCUUCUCCUCCCGGGGGUGUCCCAGGCAGCUGCAGUGUCAGACACCGUGAUGUGUCGGAAGACCAAGGGCCAGUGCUCAUUCCUGCUGUGUCCCUGGUUUAACAGAGCCAUGGGCACCUGCUACAAUGGACUGGCCAAGUGCUGUAGACCA